AUGUAUGAAUUAGACAGAAUAACAUAUUUUUUAAUGAACUUUUACAGAGACUAUUUAAUUUUAAUUAAUAUCACUAAAUUAUACAAAAAUGUAAAAUUUCCAACAGAACAACAACGUAAUGAUUUAAAUUUAGAAGAUGAGGGAAAAAAAAUAGCAAAGAAAUUUAUUGAAUUAAAAUGGAAUAACAAAUAUUCUUUAAAUGAUAAUCAUAAGUUUAAAUCUAAAAAAAACUUUAAAUUUAUGAAUUCAUUAACUGAUGGAACAUUUAUUCUUAUUAAAAAUAUAACUUUAGAAGGAAUUAUUAGUGUUUUUAAUAAUGACUCAUUUAUGAAAGAUUAUUUUGAACAACAUGUUUUACUACUGAGAUGGAAUUAUAUGGCAUGUUUAAUAAGAAUUUCUUCAUCCAUAAAUCUCUUUAACAAUAUUAAUUAUACUAUUUUUGAAAUUGAUGAGGCUGAAAGAAAAAUUAAAAAACAUGUAAAAGAAAAACCAAUAUUUGAUUUUUAUUAUAAUGAAUUUAUUCUUUUUGAAAUGAAAAAAUCAUAUUACUGUAUAUCAAAAUUAGAAAAAACUCUUAAAAAAUUAUUUAAAAGAAUAUUUAAUAAUUAA